AUGGACCCGGACGACCCAAACCAGGACACGGUGCACGUCGUCGCCAACGCCAUCUACUUCAAGGGCGAGUGGCGCUUCCCCUUCAAGAAGGAGAACACCUUCGACCGCGAGUUCCACCGCCUCGACGGCAGCUCCAUUGAGGUUCCCUUCCUGCAGAGCUGGUGCUCCAAGUGCAUCGCCUGCCACAAGGGGUUCAAGGUUCUCAAGCUGCCGUACGAGGAGAUGGACGAUCGCGAGUACAACUGGGAGGUGUACCGCAGCCUACCGAAGUUCUCCAUGUGCGUCUUCCUCCCCAACGACCGCAAGGGCCUGCGAAGCGUGGUGGAAAAGAUCGCGUCCUCCCCCAAGUUCCUGCACAACCACCUCCCGACGGAGUAUGUCCCGGUUGGCGAGUUCCGGCUGCCGAAGUUCAAGCUAACCUUCGAGAGCAACAUCGUCGAUGACCUUAAUGAUCUGGGCCUUCACCUCCCGUUCGACGACGAGAAGGCGAACAUGACCGACAUGCUUCUUGAGGAAGACAAGAGGGGCUUAAGUGUGAACGGAGUCCUCCACAAGGCUGUGAUCGAGAUGAACGAGGAGGGGAGCGAGGCUGCGGCCGUCACCGUGGAAUCCGACGACGACAUGGGGUACUCACUCUAUGAUGACUACGUGACAUCGCCCGAGCCUGUGAACUUCGUCGCCGACCAUCCGUUCGCCUUCUUCAUCGUGGAGGAGACGUCGGGCGCCACUGUUUUUGCUGGGCAUGUGCUCGAUCCUUCUAAGGAACAGUAG